AUGAAUCGGGAAAAUACUCGCUUGUUACGAUUUCUUUUGGGAUGUGGGUGUCUUUUAACACUCACACUCGCUGCCUCACAGGCGGAGGCCGUUACACUGGGAUGUGAGAAUGUUUGGACUGGCCCAAAUGCAAACAAUAGUAUUUCCGAUUGUCUCAAGAAUAGAGAUCGUAUUGGAAAAUAUUGGCGAUAUUAUGUGUAUCCUGGAUUUGCAGCUCUUUUCUUCGUACUAUUGUUACUGUUGUUUCCAUUCUUUUUCUUGUUUUGCAUUUGUAAUGGUUGCUGUUGCCGAAAAAAUUGUUUCCCUACAAGCCCAGCCCAACACUAUAAUGGAAAUUGUUUUUUAUUUUUACCAUCCGUUAUAGCUAUACUUUGGGGAGCUGGUGCCACUGUUGCUAUUAUUAUGGGUGCCCAUACCAUGUAUACAGGUGCCAGAGAUGUAGAGAACGCGGCAAGAGAAAAAACGGCUCUCUACUUCAAUAAUACAGCAAAUAAUGUUUUAAAAUAUGCCUCAUCUAAUGCUACUAGUGGUGAAGAAGGAGGAUCAUCUGAUGUACCUGCAGCUAUUGUAUCUGGUGUAAAUGUCAUGUUUGAUGUUUCCGCGAAAAUUAUUAAAAAUAUUGAUGACUUUGAUGAUAAAUAUUUUAAAUAUGUGAGGGACGCCGCUAUUGUUUCUUAUGCUCUUGGAGCAUUACCCUUUAUUUUAUUAUUAUUUACACUUUUAUUUGCCCUUAAACGUAUUUCAAGGGGUGUACCUGCAUGUUUCUCAUGCAUUUAUUUCGUUGUGGCCCUUGUAUUCUCCCUAUUGGCUAUUAUCUUUCUUGGAGCGGCAUAUUUCGCCAGUGCGGCUAAUGGAGAAAUGGAAAAACAAAUCAAGCGUCAAUCUGGUGUCUUACAGUGGUAUGUGGUUCCAUACAUGUCAUCUCAUUAUAUACCGGGAUUGGUAACUCUGGAUACGGCGCUACGUGGUCUCGUGACAGAGCGCUUACAGACAUUCUGCACUUCUCUCAACAGUAAGUGUGAUGCACUUCCGGAUUUCACGGUGACGAAACCAUUUUUCUGUGAAGCCCCCGUGGAGUGUGUGUCGAGCAGUCAGCUGAUGGAGUUAAUGCGCACAAUGCCGGUGAAGGAUCCAACACUGUGCACACCAGAGGCCUCCGACGCGCCCAGCGAGACUUCAUGCACCGUCGCCACCUGCGAGACCCGCUGCGGGAUGAUGGGCGCCGAUCCAAACGCCGUCACCGCGCGGAAUGCCAGCGUGGAGGUCAUGGGACUCCUGCGCGUUAGUAACAACGCCACCAUCGCGGAGAACUUUGUGCGGCCACUGCAGGAGCCAAAUGCGAUUGCAGAUACAUUACUGUGGGCUGGCGCCUCACUGCCGGAUGUGCGCGAGGGAUUUUGGAUGGCGGGAACGGGAUACUUUAUGGAUACACUGAUGCUCAUACUCGGUCUCUGCGUUAUGCUGCGUGGACGAACAGUGUGGGGUGAUUAUAUGCCGAGAGAUAAGAAGGCAUAA